CCUCCUCCACGGUCUCCGGGGCGGGUGUCCGCUGCGCAGGGGCGCACUCCGCAUGCCCGGGCCUGUGGCGCUGUGCUGGGGGGUGGCCGCGCUGCUGGCUGCGAUCCUCCUACUGCGGCUUGACGACGAGGGGCCGGGGGCUGACCUUAGCAUGGCUGAGAUCGAAGCUCUGCCGAAGCUUCGGGAAGACUUCAGGAUGCAAAAUAAAUCCGUCUUUAUUCUGGGUGCCAGCGGGGAAACCGGCAAAGUACUCUUAAAGGAAAUUCUGGAACAGCGCCUGUUCUCCAAAGUCACGCUCAUUGGCCGGAGGACUCUCACCUUCGAGGAGGAAGCUUAUACAAACGUGAACCAAGAAUUGGUGGACUUUGAAAAGCUGGAUGACUAUGCUUCUGCCUUUCAAGGUCAUGAUGUUGGAUUCUGUUGCCUGGGUACCACCAGAAAAAAAGCUGGAGCGGAGGGAUUUGUUCGCGUUGACCGGGAUUAUGUGCUGAAGUCUGCAGAGCUGGCAAAAGCUGGAGGUUGCAAACAUUUCAACCUGCUGUCCUCCAGAGGAGCUGACAAAUCCAGCAAUUUUUUAUACUUACAAGUUAAGGGAGAAGUGGAAGCCAAGGUUGAAGAACUAAAAUUUGAUCGUUACUCAGUAUUUAGACCAGGAGUCCUGUUAUGUGAUAGACAAGAAUCUCGUCCAGCGGAAUGGUUGGUUAGGAAAUUCUUUGGUGCCUUACCAGCCUCUUGGGCCAGCGGGCACUCUGUACCUGUGGAGACGGUGGCUAAAGCAAUGCUGAACAACAUGGUGAGGCCCGGAGACAAGCAGAAGGAGCUUCUGGAAAACAAGGCCAUCCAUGACUUAGGGAAAGCGGAUGGCCCUCUCAAGCUGUGAUCACACUGAAGGAGUGCUGUUUACUGAAAACCUCAACACUUGUUACCAAAUUGGUAACAUCUGGGUCUAGAAAUGAGUCUAUGUGCUCUACCUCUGUCAUUUUACUUUCUCAGCUCUGCAGAUGGAAACAAGUCAGGACUCCACUCAGCCUGGGUUUCUGGGUUGUUUUCUCCCCGGCCCCUCCCCUAGCCUGUUCCUACAUGGAAAUCACUCAGGGAGCUUUUGAAAAAUAGGCAUUUAUAUAUCAAACAUUGUGAAUCAGACGUUUUAGGCUGUGGCCACUAUUGGGAAUCUUUAGUUUUGUUUGCACUUCCCCUGGUGGUUCUGAUGCCAUUGGUGAGGAAGAAACCAGCUGGUUAACACAAGGCCACAGUCAGAACUGAUAACUCUGAUGUGCCACACAGAUGAGUGCUGUUUUAUAACUGUUGACAUUCCAGUAAACGCUAACUCUAUGUAACUGUG